CGAGGGCCGCGCGAUGUCGCACGGGCCCGGGCUCGUCCGCACCACGUGCAGCAGCGGCAGCGCCCCGGGAGCCGGGGCCGGCGCGGGGCCGCUGGGCGCGAGCUCUUCGGAGGGGCUGCUGGACCCCGUCUACCCCCGCACCCACGGAGCGCUGCUGAAAGUGGCCCAGAUGGUCUCGCUGCUGAUUGCCUUCAUCUGCGUGAGGAGCUCUCUGUGGACCAGCUACAGUGCCUACAGCUACUUUGAAGUGGUCACCAUUUGCAACUUGAUCAUGAUUCUCGCCUUCUACCUGGUCCACCUCUUCCGCCUGUACCGCGUGCUCACCUGUAUCAGCUGGCCCCUGUCGGAACUCCUGCACUAUUUAAUCGGUACCCUGCUUCUCCUAAUCGCGUCCAUCGUGGCAGCUUCCAAGAGUUACAACCAGAGCCGACUGGUGGCUGGAGCGAUCUUUGGCUUCCUGGCCACCUUCCUCUGCCUGGCGAGUGUGUGGCUGUCCUACAAGAUCUCGUGCGUGACCCAGUCAACAGGUAAAAUUACGGAGGAAGAGCCAAAACAAACAGCUGAAGAAGUUACAGUACCUCUGAGGAAGAGGCCUGGGGUGGAGAGGAGCAGGGAGAGGAAUCAUCGUUCCCACGGGAAGUGAUGCCGCCGUCUGAUGCCCUAACAGCCCGCCAGCCCUGUAGGAGGCGCUGCAGGACGUGUGACCCACGCUGAUGGAGGGGCUUGAGCCGGCGGCCGCAGGAGAGACCGGGGUUUGGGUCCCUGGGCCGGUGGGUGCGGGACGGGCCCUUCCUCCGGCUCCUGAGCGGGUCCAGCCUCUCUCGCCAGCCUUCUUCACUUCCUCAGAGAAUAUUCCUCCCCUUCCGGGAAAGAAAAGCAGCCUCCAGGGAAAUCUGAUCUCUCCCUCCUGCUUUAGAACAGCCUCAGGGACUGAUGCCCCCCUCCCCCCGUUAAGGUGAAGGGGUGGUGUUUGAAUACUCUGCCGAACCCUUCCCCUCUCCCCAGACCUCCAAGGGGCGUCUUGUGAAAACACAGCCACCUCCUAAUUUAUCUCGCUUGGAAAUCUGGUCUUGAAGGUACCCUCUUUCUUAAAGUGAGGCUUACGGGAACACCAUGCUGUCAGCCUGUCCCCAAAUAGGAGAUCUUGGCUCCCUUCCUGUUGUUACCAUUGUGUACGUGUUUAUGUGUUUUUAAAUAAAAUGUUGACUUGGCUAAUUGCAGAAGGAUUUAUUAAGUUAGAAGAAGGCUGUGAAGUGAGCGCUACCUGGAGGCCCACUGGAGGUAAGAGGAGCAGAGGGUGCAGAUGGUCCUGGCCUCUCAAGAUUUGAGUAUUUUCUUUCUUUUUUUAUAAAUUAUUUAAUUUUGGCUGCGUUGGGUCUUCGUUGCUGGGCGCGGGCUUCCUCUAGUUGCGGAGAGCAGGGGCUACUCUUCAUGCGGUGCGUGGGCUUCUCGUUGCGGUGGCUUCUCUUGUUGCGGAGCACUGGCUCUAGGCGCGCGGGCUUCGGUAGUUGUGGCACACAGGCUUAAUUGCUCCGCGGCAUGUGGGAUCUUCCUGGACCAGGGGUCGAACCUGUGUCCCCUGCAUUGGCACGCGGAUUCUUAACCACUGCGCCACUAGGGAAGUCCUUGUGUAUUUUCAAAGUAAAUUGAUAUAAAGGGUGGAAGCCAGUACUGUUUACACAAGACUCAAAAGCAACACAGGCAGCCUUUAAAAAGAGGGCAGUUCUGACACAUGCUACCCCAUGGAUGAAUAAGCCAGACACAAAAGGACAAAUACUGUAUGAUUUUAGUUACACGAGGUGCACACCGGUGGUAGGCAGAAUUCAGAGAGACAGAAAGUAAAAUGGUGGUUGGUUGCCAGGGUCUGGAGGGAGGGGGCCCUGGUGUGAAUGUUUAAUGCGUACAGUUUCCAUUUGGGAAGAUGAAAACAUUCUGGUUGGGACUUCCAUGGUGGUCCAGUGGUUAGGACUCUGUGCUUCCACUGCAGGGGAUACAGGUUUGAUCCCUGGUCGGGGAACUAAGAUCCCACAUGCCGAGAAGCCAAAAAAAAAAACAAA